AUGAGCGCCACUCAGCCCGGCUCCUCUGACCUGACCCGCGCGGCUCGUUAUGCUGUCCCCUUUGCGCUACUACUGAUUCCUGUCUGGAGGUCCCAAGUCAAUGCUGUCGUUCCAGAGCCCUAUCUCGAUGAGGUCUUCCACGUCCCUCAAGCUCAGGCGUAUUGGGCUCACAAGUGGACGCACUGGGAUCCGAAGAUAACAACUCCGCCGGGCCUGUAUAUCUGGUCGUACGUCCUUUGCGCCUGCGCCCUCGCACUCCGCGGCUCUCCGACGGAGCUCGACACGGAAGCUCUACGCACCACGAAUGUUGCUGCAACGUCUAUCUUUCUUCCCUGGAGACUGCAGAAAUUAUUGGAUACCUUGCGACGGGAGCUGAACACACGCCCGGCGGGGGCCAGGGUCAGCCAUACCGUGCUGAACAUCUGUCUUUUCCCGCCCAUUUUCUUCUUCUCGGGGCUUUACUAUACCGAUAUCUUGGCUCUUCUGGUGGUGGUUGAAGCUUACAACUGGGAUCUGAAACGCGCUUCUGGAAAGGGAUUCUCGCCUAUUAAAUCUCUUGCGUUUGUCGGGUGUGGAGUGGCUGCUCUUGCUUUCAGACAGACCAAUAUCUUCUGGGUCUCGGUGUUUUUGGGUGGGUUGCAGGUGAUACGGACAUUGCACCAGUCUUCCAAGACUUGUGGAUCUUUGAGUUUUGUCGAGAUUGUGAAAAGGGGCUUCCAAAAUGAGCUCUAUGAUCCUUUUGUGUCGGGGGCUUCCAUUGGAGACUAUUUCAAGGCAUCCGUAUCAUUAGCCACCACUGGACUGAAGAAUACCUUCCCUAUUCUUGUUUCUGUGAUUCCCUACCUGACCAUUCUGGCGGCCUUUGGUGGCUUUGUGCUCUGGAACAAUGGUGUCGUUUUGGGUCAUAAAGAAUUCCACACUGCGGGUAUCCAUCUGGCUCAGAUGCUUUAUAUUUGGCCUUAUUUCGCAUUCUUUUCUUGGCCCAUCCUUCUUCCUCCGGUUUUGAAUGUGCUUAUUCCAAGGAAAUACCUCCCCAAGUUCUUGGACUAUGGCUUCUCGGAUAAACAGAGACGUCUCCCUACAGUGCUGGCAGUCCUUCUCGUCAUCCCAGCUAUGCUGGCUGUUGUCCACUUCAACACUAUUGUCCACCCCUUUACCCUCGCUGAUAACCGCCAUUAUGUCUUUUACGCCUUCCGCAUUCUGCUCAGAUAUCACCCAGCCGUAAAAUACGCUGCUGUCCUAGUCUAUUUCAUCUGCGGUUGGGCAGUACUUUCGGCCUUUGGUUACACAGCUACCGGGAAAGUCCGUGAAGUCAUUCAGGUACCACAGAAACCGUCUGCUCAACAAGCCCCUAAAAAGAAGCAGUCAAAGGAAACUGUGAAAAAGCCAAAAACAGCCUCCAAGAAGGGGUCCUCCAAAAAGGCUAGCCAACCUCCCCCGCCUCAGCCCCAGCCUAUCUCUCCAGAGGCGCUUGCCAAAAUCAAGGCGCAUCUAAUUACACGUCAAAAGGAGCAGCAGGGAGGAAUUCGGGUUAGUUUUGUGCUUGUCUGGCUUGCUGCAACGGCCCUCUCCCUCGUCACUGCACCUUUGGUUGAGCCUCGAUACUUUAUCAUCCCAUGGGUCAUGUGGAGGCUACAUCUACCUCCACAGCCAACACCCGCUAUCUAUCGUCAACAGCGUCCUCGGGGUGACAAGGAGAUUCUCCGCGCAAAGCUGUCUACUAACUUCCCUCUGUUUUUGGAAACCGUGUGGUUCGUGGUUAUCAGCGCUGUGACAGGGUAUGUUUUCCUGUACAAAGGCUUUGAAUGGCCACAGGAACCAGGAAAGGUUCAGAGAUUUAUGUGGACGCAGACAUCAACAACGAUGGAUCGACCUGCGAAAAGAGCCAAAGUAUCGUCAGAUAGCCCAAAAAUCGAUGCAGAUGACUCUCCAUCAGCGACAAGUAAUGGUAAUGCGACCUUGGCAUCACUGCACAGGUCCAUUACUCCACCACUAUCACGCUCCCGACAGACCUCUCAUCAGCCUUCUGUCCAGAAAUCCCCUAAAAAUUAUUUAAAUCGGGAUGGCAAAAGUGCUGCAUCUUCUACGGUCCCGCAGCUGCUUCCAUCGCCAAUCCAACUCACCCACAUCCGAGAUCUGCCUGCGUCCUCGGGCAACAAUGUUGAUACUGUCCGACUACGGGAUAUCCUAGGGGAUCCGAUGAUUCGUGAAUGCUGGCAGUUUAAUUAUCUCUUUGACGUGGACUUUUUAAUGAAUCAGUUUGAUGAAGAUGUCAAGAAUUUGGUGCAGGUCAAGAUCGUGCAUGGAUCAUGGAAGAGAGAGGCGCCGAAUCGGAUUCAUAUUGAUGAAGCAUGCUCUCGAUAUCCAAAUACAGAGGCUGUGGUGGCUUACAUGCCCGAGCCAUUUGGUACCCAUCACUCCAAGAUGAUGAUUUUGCUUCGCCAUGAUAAUCUUGCACAAGUUAUCAUUCAUACGUCUAAUAUGAUCCCGAUGGAUUGGACAAAUAUGAGCCAAGCUGUCUGGCGUUCUCCUUUGCUGCCUUUACUGAAACAUACCGAUCCUCCAAAACAAGAUAUAACAAUUGGAAACGGUGCACGGUUCAAGAGGGAUCUAUUGUCAUACCUGAACGCUUACGGUAAUAGCAAGACAGGGCCCCUGAUUAGACAGCUUUCCAGUUACGAUUUUGGGGCUGUUCGUGCUGCGUUGAUAGCAAGCGUACCUUCGAAGCAAAAGAUCAACUCGAUGGACUCGCAAAAACACACCUUGUGGGGAUGGCCAGCUUUGAGAGAUAUUCUACGCCAUGUGCCGUUGAGUAAAAGCAAAGAUGCUGCUACACCACAUAUUGUGACACAGAUAUCCUCAAUCGCCUCACUUGGCCAGACUGAUAAAUGGCUCAAAGACGUCUUUUUUAAAUCUCUCGCUCCAAAUUGUCUCUUAAAAGCACCAGAACCAACCACCAAACCGAAAUACUCCAUUAUCUUCCCUACACCUGAUGAAAUCCGCCGGUCUCUGAACGGAUAUAGCUCCGGCGGGUCAAUCCACAUGAAACUGCAAAGUGCUCCGCAGCAGAAACAACUACAAUACAUGCGUCCUUAUCUGUGUCAUUGGGCGGGUGAUAGUAGCGACACGACUACGGGUAGCAGUAUUCCGGACCUGAAACGCGAGGCAGGUCGUCGUCGCGCUGCUCCACAUAUCAAAACGUAUAUCCGGUUCUCAGAUACGAAAACCAUGGACUCGAUUGACUGGGCGAUGGUUACGUCUUCUAACCUCUCCACGCAGGCGUGGGGAGCGGCUGUCAAUAAUAAUGGGGAGGUAAGAAUAUGCAGCUGGGAGAUUGGGGUUGUGGUCUGGCCGCAGCUAUUUGCUACAUCUGAGAACCAAGAGAUUGCGAUGGUCCCUUGCUUUAAACGAGAUACUCCUACUGUCUGCCACACUGAUGAGGACGGCGAUGGCGCAUCUACUUCUACUCUCAUCGGGUUCAGAAUGCCAUACGAUCUCCCCUUGACACCCUACAGCCCAGACGAUAUCCCAUGGUGCGCAACAGCCAACCACACCGAGCCCGACUGGCUAGGACAGACAUGGCUCGAAUAA